UCCAGCUCAGUACGCGCCCGGCUCUCGGGGGCCACCCCACCCAGCUCCAAGGAAAAACUGCAUGGAAAAUCUAAUGGAUAAAGAUGAGAAAGACAGGGCAAAGAGAGCUUCUCGAAACAAGUCUGAGAAGAAGCGUCGAGACCAGUUCAAUGUUCUCAUCAAAGAGCUUAGCUCCAUGCUCCCUGGAAACACACGGAAGAUGGACAAAACCACUGUGCUGGAAAAGGUCAUUGGUUUUCUACAGAAACACAAUGAAGUCUCAGCACAAAUGGAAAUCUCUGAUAUUCAGCAGGACUGGAAACCUUCCUUCCUCACUAAUGAAGAAUUCACACAGCUGAUGUUAGAGGCAUUAGAUGGCUUUAUCAUUGCUGUGACAACGGAUGGCAACAUCCUCUAUGUUUCUGACAGUAUCACACCUCUCCUUGGGCACUUGCCGUCAGAUGUCAUGGAUCAGAAUUUAUUAAAUUUCCUUCCAGAACAAGAACAUUCAGAAGUUUAUAAGAUGCUUUCUUCCCAUAUGCUUGUGACAGAUUCCCCCUCCCCAGGAUACUUAAAAUCUGACAAUGAUUUAGAGUUUUAUUGCCAUCUUCUCAGAGGCAGCUUGAACCCAAAGGAAUUUCCAACUUAUGAAUACAUAAAAUUUGUAGGAAAUUUUCGCACCUACAACAAUGUGCCUAGCCCCUCCUGUAAUGGAGGGCGUUUUGACAGUGCCCUUCUAAGGCCUUGCCAGGUACCUUUAGGAAAGGAGGUCUGCUUCAUCGCCACUGUUCACCUAGCAACACCACAAUUCCUAAAGGAAAUGUGUGUAGCUGAUGAAACUCUAGAGGAAUUCACUUCAAGGCACAGCUUGGAAUGGAAGUUUUUAUUUCUGGAUCACAGAGCCCCUCCAAUAAUAGGAUACCUUCCUUUCGAAGUUUUGGGAACCUCAGGUUAUGACUACUACCACAUUGAUGAUCUGGAGCUCCUUGCUAGGUGUCACCAGCACUUGAUGCAGUUUGGUAAAGGGAAGUCAUGUUGCUAUCGGUUUCUAACCAAAGGCCAGCAGUGGAUUUGGCUGCAGACCCACUACUAUAUCACCUACCAUCAGUGGAACUCCAAGCCUGAGUUCAUCGUGUGCACACAUUCAGUGAUCAGUUACUCAGAUGUCCGGGUGGAAAGGAGGCAGGAGCUGGCUUUGGAAGACUCCCCAUCUGAGGCAAUCCACCCUUCAGCACUAAAGGGCUCAAGCCUGGAACCUCAGCAGCACUUUAAGGCACUUCAUAUGGACGCCUCAUGCCUUAACACAAGUUACUUGCCAUUAGUAUCCUCAAGAAGUUCCCAUAAAUCCUCGCACACAGCCAUAUCAGAAUCCAUCUCCAUUCCAAGCAAGAUGAUGACAGAGGCCAGCACCACGGCUUUGCCAAGAUUGGCUGUCCUGCCCUAUGAGCUCCCUAUGCGAGGGCUCAGCCAGGCAGCCAUGAUACCGUUUCCAGCACAGUCCAGCAUGUUCCAGACCAUUAAAGGCCAGCUGGAGCAGCGCACACGGGUCCUGCAGGCCAACAUCCGGUGGCAGCAGGAGGAGCUCCACAGGAUCCAGGAGCAGCUGUGCCUGGUCCAGGACUCCAGCAUCCAGAUGUUUCUGCAGCAGCCAGCUGUAUCCCUGAGUUUUAGCAGUGCCCAGUGGCAUGAUGCUCAACAGCAGCUCCCUCAGAGGUCAGCCUCAGGGCCCCAGUCCCCGUUCACCACAAACCCUCAGCUUCCAGGGCAGAUAACCUCCACCCAGGUCACAGACCAGCACCUACUCAGAGAAUCAAGUGUGACAUCAACCCAGGCUCAGGGUCCCAAGUCAACCAGAAGCAUGCAGAUGAUACUGGCAGGUCACCACCAUGUGGGCAGCCUGACCACACUGGCCUCUAACACCCAGGACACCAACCAGAGCCAGUCCAGCCUGGACUUCAGCCAUGAUAGGCAGCUCAGGCUAUUGCUGAGCCAGCCAGUCCAGCCCAUGAUGCCUGGGUCCUGUGAUGCAAGGCAGACCUAUGAGGUUGGCAGGACUGGACAGCACAUCAAGUAUAUCCAGAGCCAGGCCGUGUUUCCAAAUGCAGAUGUGCACAGCACCAGCAGCAGCGCCUCAACCCCCAUCCUGAUGAUGGGACAAGCAGUGUUCCAUCCCAACUUCCCCAGGUCCCAGCCAGCACCCCUGCAGCCCACACACGCCCAGCAGCAGGCUCAGCAGCACUUCCUGCAGGUAUAGGUGUCAACCUCUUUGCACAGUGAGCAGCAGGACUCACCACUUCUCUCCACCUACUCACAGCAGCCAGGGACCCUGGGCUUUGCCCCGCAGCCCCAGCCCCCUCGAUCUCCUCAAAGGGUCAGCAGCCUGUCUGAGUCCUCAGUCCUCCAGCAGCUGCCCCAGUAGCACCCUGGCACCUCAGUCAGCUUUAACUAACGGACAGAUAAGGGGGAGGGGAAGAUUUUGAACUAAACUGUUGGCCUUUGCACACACAGCAUACAUUUCAGAUCUUCUCAAUGGUAAUCAUCUCUGGAGAACCACGGGUGGCAUGUGGGCAUGAUCAGGAAUACUGGCUGAGUUUCCAUUACUUCUGCACUCCUCUGGCAUACUGUACAGCCA